AUGGCCGCCACGCUCCCACGCCCGGCUGUCCUGCCGCACUCCGGCGGGUGUCAGUCGUGUUCAGCUUCAGACCGUCUUUCACUUCAAAUUAUCUCCUCUUCAUCAGCAGCAUCAAAAACUAGCGGCAACAACACCAGCACGGCGGGGAGCUUCGCCAGCAGUACGCCCACCAAUAACCCACCAACACCAAGUGGGGCCAAAUCACGACCGCCACCACUAUCACCACACAAGCAGAAGCAACAGCAGCAUGCCGAUUCCAACAUGUCGCAAAGCGUCAUCUUGGCCCAUUCGAGAGAGCUAGAGCCUCACCGUCCAGUUUCAACGUCGAUGCAAGAUAUCACCUGGUGUCCGAUGCAAGAAUCAUCGCAAUAUGAAGACGAUGUGACGACGUCUUCCCCCGAGCUGCUCGUAGCCGUAUGGCCGACAACAACAAUGACAACAACAUCACCAUCGACAGAUGGACGCAGCCGACAACCAACACAGAGUAUCAGCAUCAGCGAGUCUGUCGAGACGCCGUUUAUCCACAUCCCGCGGUGCAAAUUGUCAGUCACCAAUUUCGACGAUAUUCACCAGCCGUUACCAGCAGCAGGCAGAGGGGGUCCAUAUCCGGGACAUGGAAGCAUCAAGAUCGAGCAAGUGGCUCUGCCGCGGGCCGUGGUGCAGCAAUUCCUGUCUGGCGUCCGCCUGCCCAACGGGAUUGCUGGUAUGGAUGUUGACGUCGCCUUUCCUCGCCACUUUGACGACGCCGAUGAGUGGGUGCAGUCGCGGUGCAUCUUGUCGGACUUCUCCGAGCUGGACGAGGAAGAGGCGGCUCAGCUGUCGAGCGAGGAGAGGUUGUGCUGCUGGGGAAGCAUCGUGUUGACGAGGGACGGAGAUAAUGGAUGGGACUUGGGAUUCGUGAUGCACCGCGUGUUGACGCAACGGGAUCCUGUCAGCGGGACUUGUGGUUGUGGUCGUCGAUGA